AUGGCCAGCUCCGUCCACGCCGACUCGGGAUGGCUUCGAAAGCAAGUCAUGGGGUCUAGCGGUUUGGAAUUGCUCGAUUCCAGCCGCUUCACAAUCGGCAUUACCCUAGCGGCUUUGGUGCUCCUCCCCGUCGUCGCCAGCUACUUGACGGGCGCCCGCAAAGGCAAAGAAGCGCCACUGGUCAACCCGCCGGGGCUGUUUCAGCUCGCAGUCCAAAAGAAUAUAGAAUUCGUUCACAAGGGGAACUAUUAUUUGAAAGAAGCAAGACGCCGUUUCCCCAAUCAACCCUUCAAGCUUCUUACAAAUGGUGGGCCCAUGACGGUUCUCCCUCCGUCGAGGUCAAACGAGAUCAAGAAUAUGGAAAGUCUCGACUUCCGGAAGGUGCUUUCCUACGCCGCGCCUGUCAAUCUCCCUGGAGGGUCGGCCAUCGCAGCCGUCGAUCAUCCUCAGGCGAUUAUUCAAACCGUCAUCACCAAGAAUUUGACGAAACGACUCAACACAGUUACGGGACCACUGGCCGAUGAGGCGUCGUUCGCAAUCAACAAGAAUUUUGGAUCAAACCCUGACUGGGUCGAGGCCAAAAUAUGCGAGCCAAUCACGGACGUGGUCGCUCGUCUUUCCUCGCGCGUUUUCCUGGGAGAGGAAAUCUGUCGCAACGAGGAAUGGGUUGACUUGACAAAAAAGAUUGCCAUCGUGGUUUUGACUUGCAUCUACACCCUUCGUGCCUUCCCGCAGUGGAUGAUGCCGAUCGUGUAUACCUUCGGCAAAGCCGGCAAAGACAUGAGGGCUAUGAGGACUCGUGUAAUCGAAAUCAUACACCCCAUCAUCGACAAGCGGGAGCAAGAAAAGGCAGAAUGCAAGGCCCAGGGCAUUCCGGCACCUGUGUACAACGAUGCCAUCGAGUGGGUCGCUGCCGAGGCUGAUCCCAACGAUCCCGUCUUUAAACUGGGGGAUUUCCAGAUUGGGUUAUCGGUCGCGGCUAUCCAUACGAGUUCGGAUCUGUUGGGCUAUACAUUAUUAUGGCUGGCAGCAUCCGACCCAGCGUAUAUAGACGCGUUGAGAAAGGAAAUAGUCGAAGUACUAGGGAAAAAGGGAUGGAAGAAAACCUCCUUGGUAUCUAUGAAACUACUUGACAGCACCAUCAAAGAGGCACAACGGCUCAAGCCUGUCCAGCUUGCCAUCAUGCAGCGCAGGGCAAUGAAGGAUAUCGAGUCCGAGGGCGGCGUCACGGUGCGCAAAGGAGAACUUGUGGCCAUCGAUUCCAACCGCCUUCGUGACCCGGCCUACUAUCCGAACCCUGAUACGUUUGAUCCCUAUCGCUUUUACAACGCUCGCAAACAACCAGGAGGUGAACACAAAGCCCAAUUUGUUUCCGUCACGCCCGACCACCUUACUUUUGGGUACGGCAAAUACGCCUGCCCGGGCCGCUUUUUUGCUGCAAACGAAAUCAAAUUGGCCCUUUGCCACUUGCUGCUCAAAUACGACUGGAAAUUGCCCGAGAAGGCGCCGCCCAAGCCAUUGAUCAUUGGGAUAGAUCCGCUUGUCGACCCGGAGGCCAGACUGUUGUUUAGGCGGCGCAAGGAGGAAAUCGACCUGGAUUCUCUCGAUGUCGAAAACGAAGAGUAG